UUCUCCGAUCUCACCCCAAGUCGCGAGUCAGCGAUGCUCCCCUUCCAGGGGCUGAUCGUCUCCGACCUGCUCGACGACCCCAACGGCGGCCUGGUCGUCCUCUCCUCUGGCCUCCCCCUCCCGUCCCUCGUCGCCUCCCUCCUCCUCCUUCAUGACGCCUCCGCUGGCUCUCUCCUCCUCCUCUCCGCCUCCGACACCCAGAAGUCCGCCAUCUCCGCCGCGCUCCGCAGGUAUGGGCAACCGGACCUCCCCCUUCCCUCUGAUAUCCCCGGCGACCUCCCCUCUCACAACCGCACUGCUCUCUACGCCUCCGGCGCUGCCCUCUUCGUCACGCCCCGCGUCCUCGUAGCCGACCUCCUCACCUCCCGCGUCCCCCCAUCCUCCAUUGCCGCCCUUGUCGUGCUCAACGCUCAUCGCCUCUCCGACACCUCCACCGAGGCCUUCAUCGCCCGCAUCCUCCGGGACCACUCCCCUUCUUCCCCCAUCCAUGCCUUCUCCGAUCGGCCCCACGCGAUGGUCGCCGGCUUCGCCAAGGCCGAGCGCAUUAUGAAGUCCCUCUUUGUCCGCCGCCUCCACCUCUGGCCAAGGUUCCACGUCCUCGUCUCGACUGACCUCGAGCGUGCCCCCCCCGAGGUCGUGGACGUCAGGGUGCCCAUGACGCCAGCCAUGAUUGGGAUCCAGGCUGCGGUGCUUGGGUCCAUGGAUGCCUGUCUCAAGGAGCUCCGGAGGACCAACAAGGUCGACGUUGAGGACCUCACUGUCGAGAACGGCCUGUUCAAGUCUUUCGAUGAGAUCGUGAGGCGGCAGCUCGACCCCAUCUGGCACACUCUUGGGAGGAAGACCAAGCAGCUGGUUAGCGAUCUCAAGACCCUAAGGAAGCUGUUGGAUUACCUUGUCAGGUACGAUGCUGUCACGUACCUGAAGUAUUUGGAUACCUUGAGAGUUUCAGAAGGUGUUCGAUCAGUGUGGAUAUUUGCUGAUUCAAGCUAUAAGAUUUUUGAGCUUGCAAAAAAGCGGGUUUACCAGAUGGUUCGAGCAGAUGGGACAAAAAUCAGUGUGGACACUAAAAGCGCCACUAGGAAAAGGAAAGUUAAUAGUGAGAACAAGAAAGAAACCGGAAGUGGGACUGGAGCUUCUUCUGCAAUUGAAACAGAUGGAAGUAAAGUGGAUACAAAAGCUGGUGUAGUGUUGGAAGAAGUCCUGGAAGAAGCCCCCAAGUGGAAGGUGUUACGUGAAUUGUUGGAAGAGAUAGAAGAAGAGCGCAGAAAAGACAUUCAGCCUAUAGAAGGAGAAAUGGUAGCAGAAGAUGCAGGGGAUCUCAGUGAAAUUGUUCUGGUUGCAUGUAAAGAUGAACACUCAUGCAUGCAGUUGGAAGAUUGCAUCUCAAGGAGCCCACAGCAGGUUAUGCGGGAAGAGUGGGAGAAGUACUUGCUAGGCAAAGUGGAGUUGCACAGUUUAAGGAAACGCAACAAGAAAAGAUCUCAGGAACCUAAAGGUUUUGGUGUACUUGAUGGUGUGGUUGCUGCUGGAUCAUCUGAUAAUUCAGAACCUAGCAGCAUAUCCAAAUAUGAAAAUGAUGCCUUAUUGGCUGCAGCAUCAGAGAUCAACAUUUUAUCUAAAGAAGUUGAUGUUGGGGAUAAUUCUCAGUCCGAAAGUAGAAUGAAAGAUUUUCGAAAAACGAGAGGAAAAGGAAGAUCGAGGAAAGGUUUGUCAAAGACUCAACUUCCUGAAGCUAAAAGUUAUCAGAUAGAUAACAAUGAUAAAAAUGAAAAGACCAGUUCAAAACACGAAGGUGGACACAGUGACCCUGAAAGAAAAUCCCCAGGAAGUUAUCAGGUGAAUAAUCUAGAGAACAUAUGUAUAGAGAAAGAUCUUAUUCAGGGGCAUAAAGAGGAGUCCCAUGGUGCAACAUUGAAUCAUAUCAAGCCACUUCCACCUGUGCAAUUUUAUGCACUGGAUAGUGACCAACAUAUACUUGAUGUGCUGAACCCAUUUGUUAUAAUUGUAUAUCAUCCAGACAUGACCUUUGUUAGAGAAAUAGAAGUAUACAAAGCUGAGAAUCCCUCUAAGAAGUUAAAGGUCUACUUUUUGUUUUAUGAGGACUCUGCUGAGGUGCAAAAGUUUGAGGCAAGCAUACGCAGGGAAAACAGUGCAUUUGAAUCCUUGAUCAGGCAGAAAUCACUGAUGAUGAUCCCAGUGGAUCAGAAUGGACGAUGUAUUGGACCUAGUACUUCUUGCGAACCACAGUUGGUUAUUGCGCAGAACUCAUUAACAAGGAAAGCAGGUGGUAGAAAGCUACAAGAAAAAAAAAUGCAGGUUAUAGUGGAUAUGAGGGAGUUCAUGAGCAGCCUUCCUAAUGUUCUUCACCUGAAAGGCAUGCAUGUCAUACCUGUUACUCUGGAAGUUGGUGAUUAUGUACUUUCGCCUCAGAUUUGUGUUGAAAGAAAAAGCAUAGCAGAUCUGUUUCAAAGUUUUGCAUCAGGUCGUCUCUAUCAUCAGGUGGAAACAAUGAGUCGUUACUACAGAAUGCCUGUGCUUCUAAUUGAGUUUUCACAGGAUAAGAGCUUCUCUUUCCAGUCUGCAAGUGACAUUGGUGAUGAUGUAUCACCAACGAGCAUAAUUUCAAAACUCUCGUUGCUUGUUCUUCAUUUUCCUCGCCUGCGCCUUGUCUGGUCUCGCAAUGUGCAUGCCACAGCAGAAAUAUUUUUAUCACUCAAACAAAAUCAGGAUGAACCAGAUGAGAGCAAGGCAAUUAGAGUAGGCGUUCCAUCAGAAGACGGUGUUGUGGAGAACGAUGUAAGGGCUGAAAAUUAUAAUACCUCUGCAGUUGAGUUCUUGAGGCGUCUCCCUGGAGUUACAGAUGCAAAUUACAGAGCAUUGAUGGAUGGAUGUAAAAACUUGGCCGAACUUGCUCUUCUUCCCAUUGAGAGGCUAACAGAACUCAUGGGAGGUCAGAAGGCAGCUCGGAUGCUGAAGGAAUUUCUUGAUGCAAAGUGCCCAACCUUGUUGUGAUGCGAAGUUCCAACACGUGAUCUUGCAGAAUCAGCAAGUGCACCACUCCAUCUUUUCUUGUACCCUUCCCAGAUGUGAACUUAUGUGACACCAUUGAUUGGUUUCAUAAAAGGGGGUGCUUAGGUGGGAUCUUAUGCACAGCGGUUGACCAAUGUGAUUUCAAGAACAUCACAGGAGGCAGACUAGGACGGCAAGCCUUAGAUUAGGAUAAUUUACCUAUCAAUUUGGUCAGCAUGGCCAACAAUCUCAACCUCUUUUACAUUAUUAAUUUAGAUGAUUAAUUCAUUGAUUGUUAGCUGAAGUGAUUAAUUACAUUAUGGGUGGUAUUAUUACCCAGCAUAAGUUUUUGUACAAUCUGUUCCUAUUAGUUAUUGGGGCUUAGUGUGUAACUUCCUUAGUGCAAGUUUACAUUCUUCAGCACAAGUGUGUCUGUAAAUUGCUGUAUUGUAUUCAUCAAGGGAACUAACAGUAUUUGUUCCAAUUACAAUCACUUUAAUUUCUUUUA